AUGGUUGUAAAAAUCGUGGAGACCUACUCUGUGUCGCCGCCACUGCCUGGCGGCGGCGCAGAGCAUUCGCUUCCCCUUGUAUACUUCGACAUGAUAUGGCUCAACUCCAUCCUCACCGAGGAUCUCCACUUCUACCCGGUCAAAUGCUCCCGAUCUCAUUUCCUCGACACCAUCAUCGUCCAACUCAAAAACUCCCUCUCCCUCACUCUCAGACACUUUUACCCUCUCGCAUCCAACAUCAUUUUCCCACUAACCCCCUCCGCCAUGCCUGUCACCGUCGUUGCCCCCCUCGCCCUCACCGUCGCCACCUCUGACGCCGACUUCUCCACCCUAGUCUCGGAUUCCCCCAAACCCGCCGCCGAAUUCCAUCAAUUCGUACCACAAAUGCCGCCGCCGCUUCACUCCUCCGCCGACAUCAGAUUCAGCGCUAUAGCAAUCCAACUCACCCACUUUCCCGGCGAGGGAAUCUGCGUCGGCCUCACAAUCCAUCACUCAAUUUGCGACGCCAACGCCCUCUCCCGCUUCCUCCGCUUGUGGGCCGCCAUCAAUAAAGACGGCGGCCGCGAAGAUUCUGAUUUUAUACAGAAUCUUCUCCCUUCUUACAGCCGAGAUUCCAUCCAAGAUUCAGACAGACUGACCCUAUUCCAUUGGAAUCAAAUCAAGAAAAGCAAACCAACUGUUUCACUCACACUCCCUCUUCCUAAUUUCAACAAAUUAGUCCGAGCAACGUUCAAAAUCAGCGAUGCCGAAAUCAAGAAGCUCAAGAGCUUCUCCACGAUCAAGAAUCCUUCCACUUUCGUCGUCGUCUGCGCUCAUCUCUGGACCUCCAUGGCCAGACUGGACGACGACGACGACGAGCCUUGCUACUUAGGCUCUCCCAUCGACUGCCGCCGCCGCCUCAACCCGCCGCUUCCGGACAACUACUUCGGCAACUGCGUGAUGCCUUUGCUUGCCGUCUCAACACAUGGGAAGAUAAAAGGGAAUGGAGGGUUUGCGGCGGCGGUGGCGGCGGUUGUGGCGGCUGUCGAGGUUGUCGGCAAAAGCACGAGGGUGUCGGAGUUUUUUGAGAAUCGGUCAGAGAUAAUGACGGAGCUGAUCGGGAAGAAGGCGGUUUGGGUCGCGGGAUCGGCGAGGAUCGAUCAUUACGGUGAAGAUACGGAUUAUGGAUGGGGGAAGGCGGUGAAGUUUGAAACUAUUCAUACUGAUUUUCAAGGAGCAGUUCAUCUCUGUAAAGGUAGAGAAGGAGGAGUGGAGAUUGGGUUGUCAAUGGAGAAGGGUAAGAUGGGUAUUUUUGCAGAUGUGUUUAACAAAUUCUUACACAUUAAUAGCAAUUUGUGA